AUGUCCAACGAGAAAGACGGUACUCCUUCGGCUUCGUCUAUGGACAAGGCAACCGAUGCCCACGAUGGGUUUACCGAGCACCGGGAGGUGUUCCCGAUGACCCCAAUGGAGAAGCAGGUUGCUCUACAAGCGGCUCUCGAGAUCGAUCCUGGGGUCAAGCGAUUCAGCUGGGCGGCAAUCCAGGCGCGCAACUUCUAUCCAAUAUUAUUGGACAAUGAAUCAACUCCAAUCUACUGUGAGUGGUCGCUUCCCUAUUGGGUGAAGGUCCUAUCUCACACCCUGAAGGUUAUGGGUGGCAUCAACGGCAUGAAGCAAUAUCAAGAUUACUUCCAUAUGACUGGCGUUGGUCCGAAGACCAGUAUUGUCUUCGGUAUAUUCACGAUUGGCUCGCUCUGGUUCGUUGCUGGGCACUCUUAUCUGCAGUACGACCUGCUUAUCCUCUCCGCUCUCAAGCGGUACCAUUCCGGCCUGUACGCUCUAUUCAUUAUACUUUCAGCUCAUCAACGACUGACGCAUCAUGCGACCCCGUUAGCAUACCUCCCGGACCGGUUCGGACGUCGCUUCUCCAUGUUCUUCGGGAACGCGGUUCUCAUCGUUGGCGCCAUCCUGACCGCCAACGCCACGAACAAGGGGAUGUUCCUCGGCGGGCGCUUCUUGACCGGGCUUGGUGCGUCGUGCGCAGGGGCCUCGGCAAAGUCAUAUCUGGCUGAAAUGGCACCGGCGCCGACGAGGGGCACUUAUUUAGGCUUUUUGAACUCUUUCUAUUACGUUGGCCAGAUGACUGCGACAGGCAUGAUGGUGGCGACUGGACGGUUCCAGAGCGAGAUGUCUUGGCGCUUGCCACUUUACAUUCAGGUUGUCCCUGCGGGCAUCAACACGCUGUUUGUAUUCCUUUGCCCGGAAUCUCCUCGGUGGUUAUAUAGCGUCGGCAAGCCAGAUCAAGCCCGCAAGAUAUUGGCACGAUUCCACAGCAGCACGAACGAUAUCAAGUCGCCCCUUGUGGACUUGGAAAUGAGAGAAAUAGAAGAGAAGAUACAAAUUAAUGGAGCGGAUAAGACGUGGUGGGACUUCAGACCUCUCUUCACCACCCCAGCGGAUAGGUAUCGGGCUUACAUGGUUAUUCUCAUUGGCUCCUUUGGUCAGCUGAGCGGAAACGGUCUUAUUACCUACUUUCUUCCGAUUCUCCUAAGGAAUGCCGGAAUCACAUCCCAAGACAAACAACUCACAUUGAACUUUGUGAAUAGUGUCACUUCUUAUAUUGGAGCUCUCUCGGGAUCCGCUAUAAUUGAUAGAUUCGGCAGGCGCAAAAUACUGCUCUUGUCGACAAUAUCAAUCACUGCCAUUCUUGCUAUCGUAUCUGCUUUAUUAAGCAGUUUUGGUAAUUCGGCCAGAGCGAACGCAGGAAUCACAUUUAUCUACUUGUUCAUGGUGGUAUUUUCGUUUGGAUGGACGCCGAUGCAGGCGUUGUAUCCGGCAGAGGUGCUGAGCUAUCAAGCUCGUGCCAAAGGGCUUGCUUUCUUGGGCAUUGUAUCACAGGUUUCGACCUUGAUAAACACCUUCGGACUUCCUGUGGCACUCGAGAAGAUUGGAUGGAAAGUUUAUCUGAUCUUCUUGUUCUGGGAUAUGUUCGAGGUUACCGUGAUAUAUUUCUUCGUUGCGGAGACGAAGGGGUUGACACUCGAAGAGAUCAACGAAAUCUUCGAGAAGCCCAAUCCAAGGAAAUAUACGCCCUUCACCAUCUUCCAUAACGUCAACAAGGGCCAAAUUUCCGACUUCCUCAGCAUCACCAUCGGUAGUCUCGUUCGAGCACUUCCUUCACGAUGGGGCAAACGCUCUCGUCUCCCGGCUUGCGUUGCAGCCACGAAGAAGCAUUGCGAGUCAGGUGCUAAUGAGCGGUUUUUCUAUGGACUCACAGAGAUGCAGGGAUGGCGAAUCACGAUGGAGGACGCCCAUGCUGCAAUUCUGGAUCUAGACGGACCAGAGGCGACAAGUAACACGUUUUUUGCCGUCUACGAUGGCCACGGCGGGUCUACUGUUGCUAGAUUCGCGGGGCAGAAUGUGCAUAAACGCUUGGUGCAGGAGGAAAGCUACAAGGAAGCGAACUUUGAAACUGCACUUAAACGGGCAUUCUUGGGUACAGACGAGGACCUCCUAGCGAAUCCUGCACAUACCAGGGACCCAUCAGGUUGUACCGCCGUCGCUGCUCUUAUAACCUCCGAUAAUAAGAUCUAUGUUGCAAAUGCUGGCGAUUCACGCUCAGUGGUGGGCAUUAAAGGGGAGGUUAAACCCCUGAGUUUUGAUCAUAAGCCAACAGGCGAAACUGAACGAGCACGCAUCUCGGGUGCUGGCGGUUACAUUGAAUACGGAAGAGUUAAUGGCAACCUUGCGUUGUCGCGUGCCCUUGGAGAUUUCGAAUUCAAAAAGAACUACGGACUCCCGCCUGAGGCUCAAAUUAUUACUGCGAACCCUGAUGUAACGUGCCAUGAAAUUACAGAGGAAGAUGAAUUCCUCGUCCUCGCUUGCGAUGGAAUUUGGGACUGCCUCAGCUCUCAACAGGUUGUUGAUUUCGUGCGGCAUCAAGUUUCGGAGGGGAAGGAGCUAACAGAAAUUGGCGAGAUGAUGUGCGAUCACUGCCUGGCGCCCGACACAACGUCAGGGGCUGGGAUUGGAUGCGACAAUAUGACUGUGCUCAUCGUCGCCAUCACUCACGGAAGGACCAAGGAGGAGUGGUAUCAAUGGGUGACUGAACGUGUAAAGACCAAUUAUGGCUAUAGCACACCCAGCACUGUGCCGCAGCUGUACGCUCAAAGUCGAUUGCUAUCCUUCCGGGCCCGGAGGGAGGCGCAAGAAGCACGCGAGCGGAUGCAUUCAACACCCAGCGAGCUGCCGACGUUCGACAGUGAAGAUUUCCUUCGCCGCUACGGUCUCACCGUAACAACGCUUUCUGGUCAUGGCAUUUCGUAUCGGCCAGGAGGCAGCAUCACCAGCGACAGUGGUCAACUCAUGUUUACGAAUGACGACAGCGAUGAAGAUGACAGCGAAGAGGAGGUUGCAGGCGGGCGGUCUUUCUUCACAGAGUCGUUGGGCCUUGGACGGGCAGAGUCGCCUGAUCCGACAAGGGGUCUCAAAGCCCAACUGGACGAGUACGAAAAGGAUAUUCGAGAUGAAAUUUUGAAUGGGGAUGUGGACGGUGAUGAGGAUGCCCGUAUCAAGGAACGGCAGGUGUCGGACGAUGAAGCACCAGUGAAAUCUUCAUCACCGACAAAACUGCCUAACGGAGACGCGAAGGGCGCACUAGAGCCUGUGGAGCCACUUCAAGCAACGCCGCUUGGUGAGAUACCCGAACCUAUCAAGGCAUGA